ACAUGACUUCCCGGGCUCAGUCCGUACUCCACCCGUAAGCAGCCAUGAUGCAGGAAGGGCUGGACGACGGCCCAGACUUCCUCUCCGAAGAAGACCGAGGACCCAGGGCUGUGAAUGUGGACCUGCAGACGGACGCCACUCUGCAGGUGGAUAUCUCUGAUGCCCUGAGUGAGCGAGAUAAGGUCAAGUUCACAGUUCACACCAAGAGCACGCUCCCUAACUUCAAGCAGAACGAGUUCUCUGUGGUCCGACAACACGAGGAGUUCAUCUGGCUCCAUGACUCCUUUGUGGAGAACGAGGACUACGCCGGCUACAUCAUCCCCCCCGCGCCCCCCAGGCCAGACUUCGACGCGUCCCGGGAGAAGCUCCAGAAGCUGGGGGAGGGGGAGGGCUCCAUGACCAAGGAGGAGUUCACCAAGAUGAAGCAGGAGCUGGAGGCGGAGUACCUGGCCAUCUUCAAGAAGACGGUGGCGAUGCACGAGGUGUUCCUGUGUCGCGUGGCGGCCCACCCCGUCCUGAAGAAAGACCUCAACUUCCACGUCUUCCUGGAGUACAACCAAGACCUGAGCGUGCGAGGGAAGAACAAGAAGGAGAAGCUGGAGGACUUCUUCAAGAACGUGGUCAAGUCCGCGGACGGAGUGCUGGUGGCCGGCGUCAAGGACGUGGACGACUUCUUUGAGCACGAGAAGACGUUCCUGCUGGAGUACCACAACCGCGUGAAGGACGCCUCGCUCAAGUCCGACAAGAUGAUCCGCUCACACAAAAAUGCAGCUGAUGACAUCAACAGAAUCUCCUCCUCACUCUACACGUUAGGAACGCAGGACUCCACAGACGUCUGCAAGUUCUUCCUAAAAGUGUCAGAGUUGCUGGAAAAGACACGGAAGAUCGAGGCCCGCGUUGCAGCAGACGAAGACCUGAAGCUAGCAGAUUUACUGAAGUACUACCUGAGAGAGUCCCAGGCUGCUAAGGACCUGCUGUACAGGCGGGGUCGGGCGCUGGUGGACUACGAGAACGCCAACAAGGCGCUGGACAAAGCCCGGUCCAAGAACAAAGACGUGCUGCAGGCGGAGACCGGCCAGCAGCUCUGCUGCCACAAGUUUGAGAAGAUCUCAGAGUCCGCCAAACAAGAGCUUGUGGACUUCAAGACGAGACGAGUGGCCGCAUUCAGGAAGAACCUGGUGGAGCUGGCGGAGCUCGAGCUCAAACAUGCAAAGGUAAGGUGAUCCGUGGGUACGCUGGUCUGCACUAC